AUGACGGGCGACGACAGUAUGAGCGACGACGUGUUCGAAGUGGAGGCUGUUUCCAGCAGUUUAACACCGGGUACCACGGGUCAACCCGUGACCACGACACCCUCGCCGACCGGAUAUCGGGAUUACAAACCGCCGGCGGAAGUGUUUACUGAAAACUACGGUUACACGUCCAGGGACUACGACAAUAUGAGCAGUUUGAAGAGGACGAAAGAAGACGACUCUGCCUUUGCACACAAGACAAUCCUUCUGGGCGACAGUGGAGUGGGCAAGACAUCCCUGUUGGUCCAGUUCGACACCGGGAAAUUCCAACCUAGAAACUUCGCAGCGACCGUCGGCAUCGGCUUCACGAACAAAGUGGUUGUCGUCGAUGAUACGUCUAUCAAGCUUCAAAUAUGGGACACGGCUGGCCAAGAGAGAUUUCGAAGUGUAACGCAUGCUUAUUACAGAGACGCCCACGCUCUUUUAUUGCUGUACGACGUGACGAACAAGACGAGUUACGACAACAUCAGAGCCUGGCUGAGCGAAAUCCGGGAACACGCGAACGAGGACGUGGUCAUCAUGCUACUCGGUAACAAGUCUGACUGCGGCACGGAACGCGUGGUGAAGAGAGAAGACGGUGAACGGUUGGCGCAAGAGUACAAAGUCCCGUUUAUGGAAACCUCAGCUAAAACCGGCCUGAACGUUGAAUUGGCCUUCUUGGCCGUUGCUAGAGAGCUGAAGGCGAGGAAAAGCAACGAUCCAGACGACACGAAAUUCAACGUGCAGGACUACGUACGUCAGCAAUCACAAAGGAAUUCCUGCUUCAACACCAAUUGCCUGACAACCUGA